AUGCUCAUCGCCCACGCCAAUGCCUGGCCACAUCUUUUCCCUCGACAGACCGACGGCCCGGCCCCUUGGGUCACUGUCGACGCCUCUGGAGUUGCAAGCACCGUCACACCCGCCGUCAGCACCGUGUCUGGCACAACUGCCAUCGUGGACGGCGCGCCCGCCGAUGUCACAGGGACCGUCAGGACAGUCCCGUACUGGGACACAACAUCCACCAUCACCGACACGCCCUCACCGCCAAAGCCGACGGGCGAAGUCGCUGGUGCUUUCGCCGUCUGCAAGAACCGUGCCGGCAAGGAUGCGCCAUUCUGCAGCCCGCAAGCAGGCUCGAAACUCUUUCCCGGGUCGCGGUACUACUUCACGUGGGACCCGGAAUACUUCACCCCUAAUGCCUCCGUCAUCGUGGCGGCGCGCUACUAUAACGAGUCCACCGGCGAGAUCGGCGACGAGGCCUUCCGCUCGCCCAAGAACCUCGGGACCCGCGGCUUCUGGGCCUAUCCCAUCGACUCGAGCCUCCUGCGCAGCCCACUCAUCUCCUCGCAGACCAUCAUAGUCCAGAUCAUCACCGACAAGGCCGGUCUCGCCACCCGACAGGAUAGCCCUGACAGCGCCAACAACCUCACAAUCGCUGGGCCCAUCGUCUCGAUCACCAAGGAGUCCGGUCCUGUCGCGGAGCAGCAUUUCAACAUGCCCACAGGUCCUGCGCUGUACAUCGGCCUGCCCGCGAUCGGCGGGUUCAUCCUGAUCUGCGUGAUAGGCGUGUGCCUGUGGAACAGGAAGCACCGCAAGAUCAACCUCGGCAACAUCAUGUCGCGCUCGCGCCACGGCUACGGCGCGGGCAAGUCCGCGCGGUCGAGGCUGCGGAUGGGCACGAGCCGCAAGUUCAAGGAGCACAUCCAGCUCCGCGAGCGGGAGAUUAUGCAGCAGCAGUCGGCCAGCCGAUCCCCAGCUGGUCCCCCGAGCCCGUACUACAGAGAUGUGUCCCCGCCCUUGCCGUCUCCUGGGCGGCCACGGAGGGAUUACAACGACGAUGAGGAUCUGGGUAGUCUAGUGGGUACGCCAGUCGAGGAGCGCAAGAUGAACUUUGACGGAGGCAAGGCGCAGACCGGCGGAAGUUCGGGGAAUGUGUUCCGUGACGAGAUGAGGAGGCAAAACACCGAGAGGUUCUGA